AUGGAGGAUAGCACUGGUACUUGGCAGGAAACAUCGGAAACAAUUGAAGCUAUUGUUACAGAGUACUUCUUGUUGCUUUUCACCACUUCCAACCCGGCUAAGAUUGAGAGGGUCACUGACAUUGUCCAAGCUAUGCAGUCAAUGGGGAUUGGGGUUGUAAUUUGGGACCAUCUUAGGUUGGUUCAUGCUGCAUUGAGUAUGAAGAUCCACGCUCUGCUGGGGCCUCUUGAGACUGAAGCCAAGGCGAUGGAGGAGGGAAUAAGGUUUACCUGGGAUAGGGGUAUCAGUACUGCUAUCUUCGAAGGAGACUCAAUGGUGGUCUAUCACUCCUUCACUGGCUCAGCAACCCCACCUUCAAGUAUCUUCAAUAUGAUCUCAGGCCUUUUGGUUACAGCUCAUAAUGUCCCCCAAGCACAAUUAAUACCAUACCAAGGUCAGCAUCUCAUGAAGGCCUCAAUUGGCACUCCACCAGUAGACAUCUAUGGCGUUGCCGAUACAGCUAGUAACCUUGUGUGGACCCCAUGUGUACCUUGUAAUGAUUACUUCUUCAAACAGAUUCAUCCCCUGUUUGAUCCUAAAAAGUCCUCCACAUAUAGUGAAAUUUAUUGUCAUUCAGAAAAAUGUCAAGUAUGGGACGAAGGCCAUUGUUCUCCUCAAAAUAGUUGCAUUUACAGCAGUGGAUAUGUAAGUGGUUUAUCCCAAGGUGUUCUGGCUAAAGAAAAAGCCACCAUCACUUCUACCUCUGGGCAAGCGGUUUCUUUCGACAUUGCUUUAGGAUGUGGACACAACAAUACCCUCCAUUCCGAUGUCCAAGCAACUAUUGGGUUAGGAUCAGGGCCUUUGUCCUUUGUUUCACAAAUUGGUAGCAAGAGAUUUUCUUAUUGCUUGUUGCCAUUUGGUACUGAAUCAACUGAUCCUAGUAUUACAAGCAAGAUAAGUUUUGGCAAUGGCAGUGAAGUUGUGGGUGAUGGUGUGGUUUCAACACCAAUUGUAGAUCGAGAAUCUAGACAUGAAUAUUAUGUGACACUAGAAGGAAUUAGUGUUGGAGACACAUAUGUGCCCUUUAACUCUUCAGGUAAGGUUUCUAAGGGCAACAUGUUAAUCGAUUCAGGAUCACCAGCAUUGUCUUUGCCACCAGAUUUUUACGAUCGCUUAGAGGUGGAAGUGAAGAAGCAGAUUUCAAUUGAUCCCAUUAAGAAUGACACUUUAUUGGGGACACGGCUUUGCUAUAGAACUGAAAUUACUAAUGAAAAUGGACCAAUAUUGACUGUCCAUUUUGAAGGUGCAGAUGUGGAGUUAAAACCUAUACAAACUUUCAAUCGACCGAUUAAAAGAUUUGAAUAUUAUUGUUUUGGAAUUACAAAUAUUGGAGGUACAGAUAAUGAAUUUUCGGAUAGCACAGGAGUAUAUGGCAACUAUGUUCAAGCAAAUUUUUUGAUUGGGUAUGACUUGGAAACGAGGAUAGUCUCCUUCAAGCCGACUGAUUGCACCAAACUGUAG